AUGGUAUCUUCUAGCGCACUGGCAGCCGCUGUGGCUGUCGCCGUCCACGCUACCACAACCUCUGCCGCCUCCUUCUGCGACGCGUCUUUUACAGGCAGCAACGUCUGUCUCGCCGUGUUUUCGUCCAGCAGCAGCGUGACCUACCGCAUCGGCGUACAGGAAGCGAGUGCGGCUGCAUCCGCGUCCUCUACCUCUGACACCCUCCUCCAGAUCGUCGCGCCCGUGGCGAUCGGCUGGGCCGGCGUGGCCUGGGGCGGGUCCAUGACGGGCAACCCGCUGACGGUGGCGUGGCCGUCGACGGACAGUGCGGCGGUGGUGUCGUCGCGCUGGGCCACGGGCCACACGCUGCCCGCGGCCUACGCGGGCGCCAGCUACCGGACGCUGGCGUCGUCCAAGAACGCGACGCACUGGACGCUGUCGGUGGUGUGCACAGGCUGCAGCGCGUGGUCGGGCGGAUCACUGAGUGCGUCGGGCAGCAGCACGCUGGCCUGGGCCUCGAGCACGCGCGCCGUGACGACACCCGCCAGCAACACGAGCGCGUUUGGGUACCACAACGCCAAGGGCACGGUGGCGGUGGACCUGGCGGCGGCGCGGGUGCCGGCAGCCGUGUUUGACGCGUAUGUGGCGUUUCUGGCGGGUGAAGGUGGAAAUGGAAGUGGAAGUGGAAGUGGGACCGGGGCUCCUCCUUCGCCGUCGACCACUGCACUGCCGCCUUCGCGCCCGUCGACGUCGAUUACGGCACCCCAUCACUCGUCCACGCAUCCUGGCCCUCCGCCAAGCAGCAGCGCCACCGCCUCCAUCACGACCGUCGUCAGCACCGUCUUUGUUACGGUCACGGCCCCGACAACAACAUCCAAGGCUGCUCCCCCGCCGUCGUCGUCAACGCAUCCAAUCGGCACCAUCAUCCCCCCCUGGGACUCGGUGCCGUCCAAACCGAGUCCGACGCAGGGCAGUGGCAACAAUGUAGGCGACGGUGACGGCGACGGCGACGACAACGGCAGUGACAGCAGUGACAGCAGUGUCCCCGUGCCCACCAUCACCGUCACCGUCAUUGAAGGCGGCACCGUCCCAUCGGGAUCGCCCGCACCGCCCAUCAGCAGCUGGCCGACGGGUGUUCCCAUCGUUGGCGGCAAGAAGAAGGGGCCGCCGUUUGUGCCGCCCUUCCACCACCCUCCUCCUUUUGGUGUUCCCGCGUGGGCCUAG